AUGGAAGGACACAAGAUAAAAACCAAGUCGAAAUUCAAAGUACGCCAUCAGAAACACAAACUGUUUCGUGCCAAUGAUCCUCUACUAUCUGUACUCAUGUGGGGCGUUAACUUCACUAUUCAUGAGUUGGAAACUGUCAAUAUUCCAGUUAUGCUUUUGCCUGAGCAUUUCAAAGCAUACGUGAAGAUUCGUAUUGACAACCAAAAUUUUAACAAGGAAGUUAUGCCAAGUCAUUUUAAAGUCAAAGAGUACUGUCCACUUGUAUUCCGGGCCUUUCGAGAAUACUGGAAAGUACACGAUAAUAGCUUUCGAGAUUCUCUUACGGAACCCCCAAUACCUUUAAAUGAAGUCAACAAAUCAAAUAUAACGUAUUAUCAAUCAUAUGAUCGUCGUUUUGUACUUAAAUGCAUUUCAAAAGAAGAUGUUGAACAAAUUCAUAAUAUUCUACCAGAAUAUCACAGAUACAUUGUCGAAACUCAAGGUGACACAUUACUUCCUCAUUAUUAUGCUAUGUACAGAUUAACCGUUGAUGAUAAAGAGAAUUAUAUCUUAGUUAUGCGAAAUAUUUUAUCAAGCAAAUUAAAGAUUCAUUAUAAAUAUGAUGUUAAAGGUUCAACUGUUGACCGUAGUGCGUCGGAUAAGGAAAAAUUAAGUCCAUGUCCAACAUUGAAAGACAAUGAUUUCUUGGAAAAAAAACGCAUUAUCGAAUUGGGCCUUGAUCAAAAGAGCGUCUUCAUGGAAAGACUCAAGCGUGAUGUUGAUUUUCUUGUCAAUCAACACAAAAUGGGCUACUCCUUAUUAAUUGGUAUUCAUGAUCUUGACCAAGGUGGUGUUGAACGCGAACGAAGAUUAUCAGGUGUUGAUAUGAAUACAUCGGAUCUAUCUGGAAAUGAUUCGUCAGAUGGAUCAGAAAGUCCAACACAAAUAAACGAUGACAGUUCUUUCGAUGAACCAUUUCGAAUGCGAAGUGCUGAAUCAUCAACACGUCGAGAAUUAUAUAAUCUUGGUAUAAUCGAUAUUUUAACAAACUAUGGAAUGAAGAAGAAGAGCGCACACGUGGCAAAAACGAAACUAUCAGGUUCGGAUGCAGAUGGCAUAUCAACUGUUCGACCGGAGAUCUAUGCACGACGUUUUCUUGACUUCAUUGAUAAACAUUUUAUUUAA